UGCGUAUCCAAUCCGCGCUGGAUCUUGUCUCAGUAGUGAAUCAUCAUCAGUCAUCAGGCAAGCACUCAUCGUGUAGGAAAGGAAAUCAUAUGCGCGUAUCUAUGUUCGCAUACGUAUGCUGUGCAGUUCUAUAAUGUGGUUGGUAGCGGAUAGGCGUGUACGAAGCGUGUGAGCCGUUCUAUAUAUACUUUUAUAUAACCCCGGCUUUGUUGGCUGUUUCUUGUAUACAAGGUGAGAGACAGACGUUAAAAGGUUCAGUAGCUGGAAAAUGGCGGCAUCGAAAACUCAGCGUUGGAUGGUUGAUUCGGGGAUCCUACGUAAAAAGAAUGGAGAAGAGGAGCCGCAGGAGCUGUUGGUGUUUGGAUACAGCUGCAAAUUAUUUCGAGAUGAUGACAAGGCGAAAAUGAUUGAUCAAGGAAAGCAUUUGAUACCAUGGAUGGGCGAUAACACGUUGAAAAUAGACAGAUACGAUGGACGCGGAGCUCUCGGGGACUUAAGGAUAUACGAACCACCGCCAGGUGGGUUCGAUCAGCGUACUAUCCUUACGGAGGAAGAGCUUAAAGUGGAACAGCUAUGUGACGAAGAACGGUAUCGGUCCCUUUACAACAGCGACAUAGACGAUUCCGUGUAUCAUGAGGAGGAAAUGAAACGGCUGCAUCAAGCAUUGGAUUCGGAAACCACGUAUAGUCAGGUAGCGUAUAAUUACAACGAGGAAGGGAACGGUUCGAAAAACGCGUGCGAAGAUUCCCAAAGUCCAAAACAGUCCGAGGGUUCCCAAGAAGAGGACCAGGCGUUUGUUCCGCCGCCCGACCUGGAAAUACCGGACGGUAUUCCAUUGCCGGAGACUCAGAAACUAAAUGCCAUCAUAACAAAAACAGCAUUGUUCAUAAGCCGUCAAGGGGGCCAAAUGGAAAUCUUGAUUAAAGCGAAGCAAGCAAACAAUCCACAGUUUUCGUUUUUAUCGAUAGACGGACGCCUGCACCCGUAUUACAGAUACAUACUGGAUGCGAUCAAGAGCGGAAAGUACAAUCCCGAAAAGCAGCCCGAAAAGGAGGAAUCAGAACACGAAGAAGGGUCGUCGGAUCAGGAUGACGAAUCGUAUCUGCAUCCGAGUCUGGCGCCAUCUUUCACCAAAAUCGAAGCGGCUCCAAGCAUUCCUAGUAUACAAUACAAACCAUCCGCUGAUUGUGCUUAUUCGAUGUUGGUGAAUAAAAUCACGGGGAAACCUCCACCCUCGAAGGUGCCGCAAUUGCCUGAAACACCUGUUCAGCCACCGGCUCCUGCUCUCGGAUAUUAUCAUCCUAUACCUGGACAAGGUUAUAAUCCUUAUCCCGCACCAGUACAGUAUUCCCAUGGUCCCGUGGUGUACGGACCAAAUGGACAAGUACAAUCACCUGGUCAGCUAGCCAUCGUAAAUGUACCCCCGUCUUCCGACAUGGUUCUGGCUCACGCGUCGACAAUAGAGCCACCUUCGCCGUUGGUUCCUUAUGGGUCCACGCCUCAGAAGCAAUUGAGCAGACCUUCGUUCAUCGUGCCGCCCGCGGACGUUCAGAUAGUCAUCGACAAAAUGGCCAGUUACGUGGCGAAGAACGGUCGAGACUUUGAGGCGAUAGUGAAGAACAAGGGUGACCCAAGGUUCAACUUUCUCGAGCUGUCACAUCAGUAUCACGGCUAUUACGCGCACAAGCUGACGAUCUACGAAGGUGCCAUAAACCCAAAGGUUCUGACGGAGGAGGUGUUACUACAGAAACAGGAGCCGCUCGAGGAGAAGCAGAAGAAGCUGGAGGAGCUGCAGAAGAAGCAACAACGGAUGGAGGAGGUGCAGAAGAGGGUGAAGAUGAUCCAGGCGAAAAAGAAGUGCGACACGAGGACGAAGCAGGUCGCGCCGGGAACCAAGCAGAUCACCACGGUAUCGUUUUCGAUUAAGAAACCGAAAGACGGCGAGACCGGGGUGAUAGAGAAGAGGAACGCCCUCCCGUUGGAGGAGAGUGACGACGAGAUGGAUAACGAAAACAAGGACGGAAACUCGAAACCCAACUCGCCGCAGAACAGUGAGCAGAAUUCUGUGUCCGCUACGGACAAGGAUGCCUGGAGGUCGGAUAAGAAGUCGAGGACCGAGGAGAAGGAACUGGUGGAUCUCACCGACGAGAUUCUCGAGGACUGCCAAAAGGAAAUCAGGCACAAGCAAGCCGAGGACAGGAUCAAAGACAAGCUGGUUGCAGCGGCGAGGGACAAGCUGGCUGCCACAUCCAGAGAGAGGCAGCUCCAGUUGGAGAGGAAAAAGAAAGCGGCAGCAUUUCUCAGUCAGAUACAGUCUUCCGUAUUACCAAAAACAACGGGAACAACAAUUCAAUCGACAAGGAAAGACGACUCCGAUGAAGUCCAUUCGUUGCCGUCACCCACACCUUCUCCGUCUUGUGAAGACGCGAAGUCCUCCGACUCGAGGAUCGGCGGUAACUCUUUGAUGGACAGACUGAAAAGCGCAGAUCUUUCUGGUAAAAGGUCGCGGCCACGGUCAAGGAGUCCUGAUGGAAGUCGGAGUCACAGUGACAGACAGAAGUAUCACAAGAAGCACAAGAAAAAGAAAAGUACCCACCGAAGCAGCCACGACAGUCCGAGCAGUUCUCGGUCGCAUCGGCCCAAGAAGAGCAAGAAGACCUCAUCGAAGCAUAGAUCCCGAUCAAGGACGCCGUCUCGGAGGCACCAUCACAGCGCGCGACGAAAGGGAAGCAAUUCGUCCUACUCGGACUCGAGCUCGCCUUAAUUCGUAUUUUCUAUAACUUUAUACGUGUAAAAUUGUGUAUAUACCCGUACGCGUGCGUACGUACAUACCUACGUACAUACAUAGACAUACAUAGACAAACAAACAAACACAAACAUACGUACAUACAUACAGUACACACCGCAUACACACAUACAUGCUGGUGGGCAAACCACAGCUAUUAUCGUUGAGACGAUAAUUUUAAUACAACUUUUGUCCAAGAAACGAAACAGAAGGAAAUAAAAAGGAUUGAAGAAUAA